AGUGGGGAAGGGGGGCAGAGAUGAUGGACAGAGGAUCCGAAGCAGGCUCCUCACUGACAGCAAAGAGCCAGAUGUGGGGCUCAAACUCACGAACCAUGAGAUCAUGACCUGAGUCAAGGUCGGACACUUGAUUGACUGAGCCACCCAGGCGCCCAACGGCGACCAUUCUAACCACGUUUACCAGGCCCAGCAAGGUUGGCACAGUCAGUGCCUCACCUCUACCCCACACAGUCGUUAAGGGCUGGUGUGGGAAGCCCCCGACUUCUUGCUCUGUCCUCCUUCACAGGCUCAUCCCACCCCCUGCCUCUGUUUCAUCUGCCCUGCGGGUCUAAAUUUCCCCGACUUCCCUCUGUCUCCCCAACCCUCCAUGUCCUAGACCAACCCCGUCGUAUUCCCGCCUCUCUCCGCUCAUCUUAGCGAACGAUUCCCCCGUUCACGCAGCUGCACCAAGCCAACCCAAGGGUCCCCCAGGCUCCACCUUCACCCCAGCCCCCGCACAGCCCCUCACUGGCUGUGUUGAGUGCGCUCCAUCACAGCUGUCCCAGAUCGAGCCGCUGUCCUCUCUCUCCCGGCCUCCACUGUGCGUCCCCUCCUCAUCCUUCGCCACACGGUGGCCCAAGAGCUUUUCCCGCACCACUUUCCAAGAAGCAGUGAGAGGCAGUGGUUGAGGGCAUGGACACUCUGGAGCCGGACUCCCCGAGCUCGAAUCUGGUUUCAAGCUGUGUGGCCUCGGGCAACUUACUAGACCUCUCUGGGCCUGUUUCCCCACCUGUAACGUGGAAAGAAUAACAGUACCUACUUCCCGAGGUUGUAGUGAGGGUUGAAUGAACGCUGUGUGGCCCAGUAGUUCUCACUUCCUCGCCGGGGAUUCUCUGCUGAGUGAUGUAACCUAAUAGAGCACCCUUCGUCUAUAAGACGGGAAUAGCAGUUCCCACCUUACACAUCGUGUGAAUUCAGUGGUAAUAGCAAAGCACUCAGGACCAAGCCUGGCACAGAGUAAAACUUGUCAGUGUUGGUUAUUUUUACUCUCAAAAUGCAUAUCUGGUCAUAGCAUCCUGGCAGCCUGAAAUUGUGCCAAGGCUCCCUACUACCUUAGGGAUGGAGACCAAGGUCCCACUCCAGCCUCCAUGUCUCAAGGGGCAGGUCCCUCCUGCCAUCCUGGCUGCUUCUCGCUUUACAUGCUCUGCAUCACUUUGCCCCUCUCACCACUUGGCCUUUGCACAUGCUGUUCCAUCUGCCUGGAACACUGCUCCCUCUUUCAUGUGAUUAGCUCUUUCUCAUUCUUCAGAUCUUGGCUCAGGGUCACCUACUCAGGGGCACCAUCCUGGUCUUCCAAUGCACUGGGCUGUGGCCUGGCCUUCAGAGCUCUUCUCAUGGCUGCAGUUUCCCCUCGGUAUGGCUUUUUGCUUCAAGUCUGUGUCCCUGUGACACUGGGAGCUCCACCAGCACAGAGACCAUGUCUGGUGCCACUCAACCCUGUGACCCCCCCCUCCCCCCCCGGCACCCAACAUAGUGGCUGGCACACAGUAGACACACAAUCAAUGUCAAGGAAUGAAUGGACGAAUGAGAAACGUGAUCCCCGAUAGCCCUUCUGUGCCUGCUGCAGAGGCAGGCUGGGGACACCGAGAAGGAGGUGGGACCCAGGCCCACCAGACAAAGGGUAGCCCUGGUCGACUGGGGACACUAUCCCUAUAGCCUGGGGCAAGCCUGGGCCCCAGAGACCAGAAAGGGUCAUGGGAGCAGGCCCUGCUGCUGGCCCUUACCCAGACCACCUUCCCAGAGUGGACGGGAGCAGCCGGCUGUAAUAACGAUGCCAGCAAUAAUAAAAUAAUAAUAAUAAAAUAAUAACGACGAUGAUAAAAUACGAAUACUAAUAAUAUUACUAAUAAUAACGGCAAUUUACUCCAGGCUAGUCACUGUGCCAAGCUCUCGCGUUCAUUUAAUGCCGCGUCAGCCCUGGGAGCGGGAGGUACUAUUAACACGAGGAGACCCAGGGGCAGAGGCUACAUGACUUUGCCGUGGCCUCGGUUUCCUCAAACGGCACAUACGGUCAGAGAACGGGGUUGGAUUUUGUGGUUCCAGGCCCUGACGUUCUUCCAAGAGCUCCUCGAAAGGGAUGUUUCCACUCACUGUUUCCAAUUCCUUUUUUCCACUUCCACGUUUUUUAUUAUUAUUAUUAUUAUUUUGUUAAAUGUUUAUUUUGAGAGAGGGAGACAGCGUGCAAGCAUGAGAGCAGGGGACAGGGAGAGAGAAGGGGAGGGAGAAUCCCAAGCCGGCCCCCCACUCUCAGCGCAGAGCCCGACGCCGGACUUGGUCUCACGAACCGCGAGAUCAUGACCUGAGCCAAAAUGAAGAGUUGGACGCUUGAUUGACGGAGCCACCCAGGCGCCCCUACUUUUUUUCUUUUUAAAUGUUCCUUUUUGGUGUGUUCAUCUGGAUCCGAAAUACACUUACAUGCUUCAGAAAUCCAACCGAUAACGGGAAAGUCGACAGCAAGAUAGCCACUUUCAUGAACUUCGUGAAUAUCUUUCCUAGUAUCUCUACAUGUAAGUCAAAGCAAAUUAACUUACAUUCUUCCCCUCAACACAUGCACCUAUGACAGAAAGAAAGGCCUAGGUGUGUAUUAUCCGCCACGCACUGUUGGACAGUCCAUCAUGGAAUGCGUCUCCGUGCAAUGCGUAGCUUGGUGUGCACGCCAUUCCCCUGUGCACAACGGGCUCCGCAGGAUGGAUUCCCUGCAACGGACCCCUUUCCCUCCCUCUUCCUUUUUCAGUAACAGCUUUAUUGACGUGUAAUUCACACACCUUAUGAUUUACCAACUAAAUCGUGUGUGGUGCAGUGGCGUCUGACACGUUCACAGGCACGGACACCCCUGUGACCACCACAUUCCCUUCUAGCUAGAACCUUCUCCCGUCGGGCUGUAACUACCCUCACCCCCACUGCUCCACUGGGGCCACCCUUAUGGCUCCGCGUAGCCACAUCCAGCGCGUCCUCAACUUACCUGACCCGUGUGCCCAUUUGCCGCAGCGCCCUGCCCCCCUCCACGGCCACUCACUGCCUCCUUGUCCCCAGACGGUGCAGCCCCCGGGGUUCAUCCCUUCUCCUCCAUCUGCACUCAUUCCCUGGUGCCAUCCUCCAGAGCUGUGGCUUCAACACCGGCUGGAUACCACUGGCUCCCGAACUGAUGUCAUCAGCCCUGACCUCUGCAGAGUGCCGCCCACCCCCCCCCCAACUCCCUGGCAAGGCCAACAUGUGCAACGCUGACAUCUGGCCAUUUGUCCUCUACCUGCUCCGCCCACGCUCUUCCUCCUCUCAGCCACUGGCCUCUCCAUCCUUCCCCUUGUUCAGUAAGGAAACCUCAGAGGUACUCAUGACUUCUCUGUAAAUCCUGUGGGCUCUACCAACAGAAUACGCCAGCAUCCCACCACCGGCCUCCGCCUCUGCUGCCUCCAGCCCGGGCCAGAUCCCCGGCGCCGGUCACCCGGACCACCACGCGGCAGCUUCUAUGCCAGUCUCCUGCUCUCGCCCUCACCUCCUGCAGCUCUUGGCCCCAGUGUUACUUCCUGGUGUCACCUUCCCCAACCCCUACUCAACGCUGCACAAACGCCCCUUCCCCGCUUUAUUUUAACCCACAGCACUUACCCACCAACUGACCGAUUAGAUCUCAUUUUCCUUGUUUGUUGACAAUCCCCCCCAGCCCUGUAAUGUCAACGCCACAAGGGCAGGGUUUUCCUCGGUUUCCUUCUCAGCUGUAUCCCCUGUGCUCUGACAGUGCCUGGCCCACAGCAGGCUUUCAACAAAUACUACUGAAUGGAUGAAUGAAUGGACCAGCGAAUGUGUGCUGCCUCCAGCACCCCCGGAGGGGCAGGGGCCGGGCUGACAGAGGAAUCCAGGCGGGAGCCCUGAACACGGACAUGGCCUCCAGUGGUAUGUCAGAGAUAAGCACCGUGGAGGCCUUGGUGCCUGAUGGAUGGAGGCCUGGCUGGGUCUCUGGCUUACCCAGUGGUUUAAGCAGGGCCUUCAGCCCCAGAGCUCCAGGAGUCGGCUGGAGUCGGCUCAGUUAAGCCCCUGCCUCCACCUUAUGCGAAUUGAAGAUCUGUUUUCAGUCAUUCAGAGCAUGCCCUGAUCCUUGAUCCUUGGGCAGAGGGAGGAGGAGGAAAAGAGGGAUAGUGCUGAGGCCUCAGGUUGCAGACCUGCUGCCCCUGAGGCCCCCCACCACCCCCCACCUUCCACACACACCCUUUGUCUAACAUGCCACAACCCCUACCACUUAAAGUGCAGAUUCUCAAAAGUGGACUGGUCACUGGCCAGAGACUGGGCGCAUGGCCUUGGGUCAGAUGUCCACCCUGGAGCAAUCAGCUGCACCCACAGAAGGCAGGAGCUACACGAUCACUACCUUCUCAGCAAGGGCAGAAACUGGGAGGAGAGGCCAGGGCUGGGUAGGCAUCCCAGAUGUGAGCCAUGCAUGUGGCCUCUCCAGCCACUUAUGCUACCCAGGAGCUCCAUCAAGUCUUGCUUCCUCAUAAAGGAGACAGGGCAUGGCUUAUCACUCCCAUCCUACAGAUGAAGAAACUGAGGCCCAGAGAGGGUAAAAGGCUUUCUUGAGGGCAUACAGCCAGCUGCUGGCAGAGCUGGAAGUCAGAGCCGGGACUGGCCCAUCCUCUGUUUUUGCUACCCCAGCCCCCUGGCGUGUGGUUUCACGGGGCCCUGCGGGAGUUCCACCAAGAUGCCCCCCACCUUGUCCUGCUUUCUGAGCUGGCAGCCCAGUUGUCCCCAAUGCAUUAUUCAUGCUCCUGAGAGCUGGCCAGCUCUGGUUACACUGACCGCAGCGCUGGACAUGUGCUCUGCCCACUCCCCUCCUCCCUUGCCCAGGACCUGGUGGGUCCAAGUUUCCCCUCCAAGGUAACUUAGUGGGCUUUGAACAUCCCACUGCGGCUCAGGGCAUGUGGCUCCACUCUGGCCCAGUACAGAUAUGCUAGGUGAUUUAGGGCAAGUGGCUUCCCUGUUCUGGGACUCAGAGUCUCCCUCUGUGAAGCAGCCGUGACCCCAGCAUUUACCUGGGAGCUACCUGAGGCAGCUAAGGCACAGGGAGAGCUUGACUUGUCAAAACAGCCCCCCUCCUGGAGAUUUUAACGCCAAGAUGGUCGCCCCCAGCACAGGUCUGAGCCAGGCUUCCCCUGCUCCCUGGUAAACAACACCCAUGCACUUUCCACCACCACUGGGGUGAAACCCAAGGCGGCUCUGGAGGAGAUGAAUUAUGGAUCCGCCCUCCCGUAAUCUGGUCCCAGCCAGAAGAAGCUUGGCUGUCCCUCCCCAGGCCACCCAGACCAGUCUCAGCUGCUCCCAGCCCGAAGAGGCCGAGUGUCCAGCUGCGGGCAGGAAACGCGGUGUGUCCCCUUGUCUCCAAGUCCCAGAGCUGGUGACACGGGCCGCGGCCCGGUGGGGAGCAGGCAGCCACCAUGGCGAAGGAGGAAGAGGAUGAGAAGAAAGCUAAGAAAGGGAAAAAGGGGAAGAAGGCGCCGGAGCCGGAGAAGCCCAAACGGAGCCUGAAGGGGACAUCGCGGCUGUUCAUGGGCUUCCGCGAUCGCACGCCCAAGAUCUCCAAGAAGGGCCAGUUCCGGAGCGCGUCGGCUUUCUUUUGGGGCCUGCACACCGGCCCGCAGAAAACCAAACGCAAGAAGAAGGCACGCACCGUGCUCAAGUCCACGUCGAAGCUCAUGACGCAAAUGCGCAUGGGCAAGAAGAAGCGGGCAAUGAAGGGCAAGAAGCCGUCCUUCAUGGUCAUCCGCUUCCCGGGCCGGCGCGGCUACGGCCGCCUGCGGCCGCGUGCCCGGUCCCUCAGCAAGGCAUCCACGGCCAUCAACUGGCUCACCAAGAAGUUCCUCAUCAAGAAGGCCGAGGAGUCCGGCAGCGAGCAGGCCACGCUGGACGCCUGGCUCAACCGCUCGAGCUCCCGCGUCGGUUCCCGCAAGCUGCCCUUCCCGUCGGGCGCAGAGAUCCUGCGGCACGGAGGCCACCUCCGGAGGUUCCCCCGCAGCCGCAGCAUCUACGAGUCGGGCGAGCCCGUGGGCUUCCUGCCCUUCGAGGACGAGGUCCCCUUCCGGCCCUCGGGCUCCCGCAAGUCGCUGUACGGGCUCGAGGGCUUCCAGGACCUGGGCGAGUAUUAUGACUACCACCGCGAGGGCGAUGACUACUACGAUCGGCAGUCGCUCUACCAGUACGAGGAGGAGCAGGAGCCCUACAUGGGCUACGGCCCCUACGGCCCCUACGGCCCGGCCUGGCCACCCGACGGAGACCACGCCCACGGGUACCCGCCCGAGGACCCCUACGACUACUACCACCCGGAUUAUUAUGGCGGCCCCUAUUACCCCACGUACCCCUACAGCUACGGCUACGACGAUUACGAGCCCCCAUACGCGCCCCCAUCGGGGUACGCGUCUCCCUACAGCUACUACGAUGCGUACCAGGGCGAGGCGUACCCACACGGCUACUACCUGGAUCCCUACGCACCUUACGAGGCGCCAUACCCGCCCUACGACCGCCCGUACGACCUCCCGUACGACGUGCCCUAUUUUGAUCCAUACGGGGGGCCCUAUGGCGCCCCCUAUGGCAUCCCGUACGACGAAGGCAUCUGUGGCGGCGGAGACCAGGCCAUCUAUCCGCCCGAAGUGCCCUAUCUUUACCCGGAGGAGCCGGCCUUCGCGUACCCGUGGGUGCCGCCGCCCAUCCCGUCGCCCCACAACCCGUACGCCCACCCCAUGGAUGACAUCGCGGAGCUGGAGGAGCCGGAGGAGGCGGGCGCCGAACGGCAGACCACCUCCUUCCGCCUGCCCAGCGCCGCCUUCUUCGAGCAGCAAGGCAUGGACAAGCCCGCCAGGUCCAAGCUAUCCCUUAUCCGCAGGUUCCGCCUCUUCCCGCGGCCCCAGGUGAAGCUGUUCGGGAAGGAGAAGCUGGACGUGUCCUUGCCCCCCUCCCUGGACAUCCCUCUGCCCUUGGGGGAUGCGGACGAAGACGACGAGGAGGAGAUGCCCCCUGUGCCUCCGGUGCCCUACGCCCACCCCUUUUGGGGCUUCCUCACGCCGCGCCAGCGCAACCUCCAGCGCGCCCUGUCCGCCUUCGGCGCCCACCGGGGCCUGGGCUUCGGCACCGACUUUGGCCGCCCCCCACCUCGCCCGGCCACCUCGCUAGCGCGGUUCCUCAAAAAGACGCUGUCCGAAAAGAAGCCCAUCCCGAGGCUCAGGAGUAGCCAGAAGGCGCAGCUGGGAGGCCCGGCAGUCCGGGAGGCGGCCUACAAGCGCUUCGGCUACAAGCUGGCCGGCAUGGACUCCGAGCGCCCCGGCACGCCCAUCGUGCUGAGGAGGGCCGAGGCGCGGACGCGCAACAACAACAACUCCCACCGACCGCCCUCGCCCGCGCCCGCGCCUCGGCCGCCCUCCCACUGGAGCGCGCUCCUCUCCCCGCCCGCGGCCCGACGGCCCCCCAGCCCGGGCCCAGGGCCCCCGCCCGCCGCGCCCUUCGCCCCCGCCCUCUCGGGCCUGCCCCGGCCCGCGUCGCCCUACGGCUCCCUCCGCCGGCACCCGCCGCCCUGGGCUGCCCCGGCCCACGUGCCCCUCACGCCCCCCGCCAGCUGGUGGGCCUUCGUGGAGCCACCUCCCGUGAGCCCGGAGGUGCCCCCGGACCUGCUGGCCUUCCCCGGCCCCCGGCCCUCCUUCAGAGGCUCCCGCCGGCGAAGGGCGGCCUUCGGCCUCCCCUGGCCCCCGCUGCCCUCGCCCCAGCCCUCGCUGAGGAGCCUGCCCGGCUUAGGCUACCGCUCGCCCGUGGGGCCCCCGUCCCCUCAGCCAUCGCUCCGCCCUCGGCCCUUCCAGCCUCCCUUCUCGCCCCCGACGCGCCGGCCCCGCUCGCUGCGGGAGCCCCCGUCCCCGCACCGCCGCUCUGGGCGCCUGGGCCCACCCCGCUCGCCCGUGCUGGGCUCCCCGCAGCCGCCCUCCCCACCCCCUCUGUUGGGCCACAGCUCGCGGUGUCGCUCCCUCAACCUGCCUUCUCACCUCCCGAACACAUGGCGGCGACUCAGCGAGCCGCCCACCAGGGCCGUGAAGCCCCGGGUGCGCCAACCCUUUCAGCGGCCUCCCAACGCAGGGUCCUGGCCGGUGGCUGCAGCUGCCCCUGAGCGCCGGGAGAGCCAGCGUGAGCCUGAGGACUCAGAGACACCCUGGACGGUGCCCCCAUUGGCCCCCAGCUGGGACGUGGACCUGCCUCCCGCCCAGCGCCCACCGUCGCCCUGGCCGGGAGGUGCAGGCAGCCGCCGGGGCUUUUCCAGGCCACCCCCUGUGCCCGAAAACCCCUUCCUCCAGCACGUGGGCCCUGUGCCACCUCCUGCUUCCCAGUCUGAGGACCCAGCCUCCGCCGACCUGACCAGUGUCUUCCUGGGUAGGCACCACCACCCAGGGCCUGGACAAUUGGUAAAAUCAGCCAGCCCGAUUCCUGAGAAGCCAGAAGAGGAGACCACUCCGGAGGGCCCUCAGUCACCAGCAGAGCCUGAGCCCUCCACCCCCACCCCUCCCAAGGAUUCCGCGCCAGAGCGGAAGACGCUAAGGCUCAGCCUCUCCUACCCGCUGGCCACAUGUGAUAAGAUGAGAGCCACGUGGCCGCCAUGGCGCCGCUGGGGGACAGUGCCCAGCGCCCCAGCCCCCUUGGCACCCACUGGGGCCCCAGGGCCCCUGCCCAGGGUGGGCGAGUGGCGCCAGGCAGGCCCUGGGCGUUUUGCAGUGGUCAUGCCACAGGUGCAAAAACUCAGCGCUUUCCAGCGAGUUGGUCCUGCCCCUCUGCAGGCCCCUGUCCAGAUAAGCCGGGACCCGGAGCCCAGCCCCAAGCCAAGAGCCUGGAAUUUGCUCUGGUCCUGUUUCUGGCUGCCGGCAGAAGCCCCUCGACCCUGGCCACGAGUGCUCGCCCGCCCCCAGUCCUGCCGCCUGGGCCGUGGAGCCAAUUGCCUGCGCCAUGGGGGCCCCUGGGAAGAAGCUGGUCCCAAAAGCUGGUGGAACAAGAUGCACUCCAUCCGCAACCUGCCUACCACACGGUUCCGUGACCAGUGCCGGGAGGAUGGUGUGGAGGACAUGACACAGCUGGAAGACCUCCAGGAGACCACCGUGCUGUCUAACCUCAAGACCAGAUUUGAACGGAACCUCAUCUAUACCUACAUCGGCAGCAUCCUGGUGUCGGUGAACCCGUACCGAAUGUUUGGAAUCUAUGGGCAGGAGCAGGUGCAGCAGUACAGCGGGCGGGCCCUAGGAGAAAACCCCCCGCACCUCUUUGCAAUCGCAAAUCUUGCUUUUGCCAAAAUGCUUGAUGCCAAACAGAACCAGUGCAUAAUUAUCAGUGGAGAGAGUGGUUCUGGAAAAACCGAGGCCACAAAGUUGAUUCUACGCUACCUGGCCGCCAUGAACCAGAAACGAGGCAUCAUGCAGCAGGUGAGUAUCCUGGAGGCAACACCCCUCUUGGAGUCCUUCGGUAACGCCAAAACUGUCAGGAAUGACAACUCCAGCCGCUUCGGGAAGUUUGUGGAGGUCUUUCUGGAAGGGGGCGUGAUUUCUGGUGCCAUAACCUCCCAGUACCUGCUCGAGAAAUCCAGGAUUGUGUUUCAGGCCAAAAAUGAAAGGAACUACCACAUCUUCUACGAGCUGCUGGCCGGGCUGCCCGCCCAGCUCCGACAGGCCUUCAGUCUGCAGGAGGCCGAGACCUACUACUACCUGAACCAGGGUGGGAACUGUGAGAUCUCAGGGAAGAGUGACUCGGACGACUUCCGCCGGCUCCUGGCUGCCAUGGAGGUGCUGGGCUUCAGUGGCGAGGACCAGGACAGCAUCUUCCGCAUCCUGGCGUCCAUCCUGCACCUGGGCAACGUCUACUUUGAGAAGUACGAGACAGAUGCACAGGAGACGGCCUCGGUGGUGAGUGCCCGGGAGAUCCAGGCCGUGGCGGAGCUGCUGCAGAUCUCCCCCGAGGGCCUGCAGAAGGCCAUCACUUUCAAAGUGACCGAGACAAUGCGAGAGAAGAUCUUCACCCCCCUGACAGUGGAGAGUGCCGUGGAUGCCAGAGAUGCCAUCGCCAAGGUGUUGUAUGCACUGCUCUUCGGCUGGCUCAUUGCCCGGGUCAACGCGCUGGUGUCCCCACGGCAGGACACGCUGUCCAUUGCCAUCCUGGAUAUCUAUGGCUUUGAGGACCUGAGCUUCAACAGCUUCGAGCAGCUGUGCAUCAACUAUGCAAACGAGAACCUUCAGUACCUGUUCAACAAGAUCGUCUUCCAGGAGGAGCAGGAGGAGUACAUCCGGGAACAGAUCGACUGGCGGGAGAUCACCUUUGCUGACAACCAGCCGUGCAUCAAUCUCAUCUCACUGAAGCCCUAUGGCAUCCUGCGCAUCCUCGAUGACCAGUGUUGCUUUCCCCAGGCCACAGACCACACAUUCCUGCAGAAGUGCCAUUACCACCACGGCGCCAACCCACUCUACUCCAAACCCAAGAUGCCACUGCCCGAGUUCACCAUCAAGCACUACGCAGGCAAAGUCACCUAUCAGGUGCACAAGUUCCUAGACAAGAACCAUGACCAGGUGCGCCAGGAUGUGCUCGAUCUCUUUGUGCGGAGCCGGACCCGGGUGGUGGCACACCUCUUCUCCAGCCACGCGCCACAGGCUGCCCCUCAGCGCCUGGGCAAGAGCAGCUCUGUCACCCGGCUCUACAAGGCGCACACAGUGGCCGCUAAGUUCCAACAGUCGCUCCUGGAUCUGGUGGAGAAGAUGGAGAGGUGUAACCCCUUGUUCGUACGUUGCCUGAAGCCCAACCACAAGAAGGAGCCAGGCCUCUUUGAGCCAGAUGUGGUAAUGGCACAGUUACGCUAUUCGGGGGUGCUGGAGACCGUGCGGAUCCGCAAGGAGGGCUUUCCAGUGCGCCUGCCCUUCCAGGUGUUCAUCGACAGGUACCGCUGUCUAGUGGCCCUCAAACACAACCUGCCAGCCAGUGGGGACAUGUGUGUGUCGGUGCUGAGCCGGCUGUGCACGGUCACGCCAAAUAUGUACCGCGUCGGUGUCAGCAAGCUGUUCCUGAAGGAACACCUACACCAGCUGCUGGAGAGCAUGCGCGAGCACGUCCUGAACCUGGCAGCCGUCACGCUGCAGAGCUGCCUCCGCGGCUUCUUCAUCCGGCGGCGUUUCCGCUCCCUGCGCCGCAAGAUCAUCCUGCUGCAAAGUCGGGCCCGUGGCUACCUGGCCAGGCAGCGGUAUCAGCAGAUGAGGAGGAGCCUGGUGAAGUUCCGGUCCCUGGUACACACAUACGUGAACCACCGGCAUUACCUCAAGCUGAGGGCAGAGCGGAGGCUCCGGGCGGAGGAGGCGCGGCUUCGGGAGCAGGAGGAGCUGAGCAAGCGGGAGGUGGUGGCCGUGGGGCACCUGGAGGUACCCGCUGAGUUGGCGGGACUCUUACAAGCCGUGGCAGGCCUCAGGCCAGCCCGGGUGUCCCGGGUGGUCCCCGUGCGGACUCCCCGGCUCCAGGCCGAGCCCCGUGUCACACUGCCCCUGGAUAUCAACAACUACCCCAUGGCCAAGUUUGUUCGAUGCCACUUUAAGGAACCUGCCUUCGGGAUGCUGACCGUGCCCCUGAAGACACCCCUCAUGAGGUUGCCAGUAGAGUGCCAUGCAGAAGCCGUGAGCGUCUUCAAGUUGAUCCUGCGCUUCAUGGGCGACCCCCACCUGUAUGGCGCCCAGGAAAAUGUCUUCGGGAACUACAUUGUGCAGAAGGGUCUAGCGGUGCCCGAACUUCGGGAUGAGAUCUUGGCACAGCUGGCCAACCAGGUGUGGCGCAACCCCAGCACCCACAAUGCCGAGCGGGGCUGGCUCUUACUGGCUACCUGCCUCAGUGGCUUUGCACCUUCAUCGCGCCUCAACAAGUACCUGCUCAAGUUUGUGUCUGAUUACGGGCGGAAUGGCUUCCAGGCUGUGUGUCAACACCGCCUCAUGCAGGCCAUGGGCCGGGCCCAACAGCAGGGUUCUGGGGCAGCCCGCACCUUUCCCCCGACCCAGCUCGAGUGGAUAGCAACCCAGGAGAAGGCCAACAUGGCGUUGGAUGUGGGCUGCUUCAACGGUGACCAGUUCUCCUGCCCGGUGCACUCCUGGAGCACGGGGGAGGAAGUGGCUGGAGACAUUCUGAGGCACAGGGGGCUGACAGAUGGCUGGCGUGGCUGGACAGUGGCCAUGAAGAAUGGGGUCCAGUGGGCAGAGCUGGCAGGCCAUGACUACGUGCUGGACCUGGUGGCGGAUCUAGAGCUGCUCAGGGAUUUCCCGAGACAGAAGUCUUACUUCAUUGUGGGUGCAGAAGGGCCCGUGGCCGGCAGGGGCGGCCCCAGAGCGGUGUUUGGGAACAGCUGGGACUCAGACUCGGACACUCCCACCAGACCGGAGCCCCAGGGACAUGUACCCAAAGUGGCUGACUCCGAUGGGUACUGCAGCCACAACGAGGACGGUACAAAUGGGGAGACUGGGGCCCGGAGAGGGACAGCGACCCACCAAGGCUCAGACAGCCUUGGAGAACCCUCUGUGCCCCACAAGGGACUGGACUGCUACCUGGACAGCCUCUUCGACCCCGUGCUGUCCUACGGGGAUGCGGACCUGGAGAAGCCAACAGCCAUUGCCUACCGCAUGAAAGGGGGAGGCCGGCCUGGUGAAAGUGGCAGCAGCAGCACUGAAGACCCCCCCAGGAGACCCCCAGAGCCAAAGCCAAAGCCAAAGCCAAUCCCAGGCCUGGAUGCCUCCACGCUGGCUCUGCAGCAGGCCUUCAUCCACAAGCAGGCCGUGCUACUGGCCCGGGAGAUGACCCUGCAGGCCAUGGCACUCCAGCAGCAGCCCCUGAGUCCCGCCCCAAGGCCCUUGCUCCCAGAGAAAGCCCUAGCGCCAGAGGCGCGGCCGAAGUUUGUAGGCACGGGACCCCCAGCCAAACCCGUGCUCCUGCGCUCCACUCCAAAGCCCUUGGCCCCGGCCCCUCUGGCCAAGGCCCCAAGGGCCCCCACCAAGCCCGUGGCUGCCCCCAUUCUAGCUCAGGACCGGGCUUGUCCAGAAACCUCUUCGCCCUGCCCGGAGCUGGUCCGGUAUUCAACACUCAACUCGGAGCACUUCCCGCAGCCCACACAGCAGAUCAAGAACAUCGUGAGGCAGUACCAGCAUCCUCCCCGGGGAGGCCGGCCCGAGGCCCUCAGGAAGGAUGGCGGAAAGGUGUUCGUGAAGCGGCCAGACCCCCACGAGGAGGCGCUGAUGAUCCUCAAGGGGCAGAUGGGCCACCCGGCGGCAGCCUCUGGCAGCCAGGUGCCUAGAGAGGCCGUGGCCUUGGUGAAGCCAGUGACCAGCACACCACGGCCAUCCAUAGGACCCACUCCAGUGGCACCUUCGCGGUCACUGGAGCCCCCCGAGGAACCCCUGCAGACGCGUCUGCACCGCCUAGUCAACCCCAACUACUACGGCUACCAGGAUGCCCCCUGGCGGAUCUUCUUGCGCAAAGAGGUGUUUUACCCCAAGGACAGCUACAGCCACCCUGUGCAGCUAGACCUCUUGUUCCGGCAGAUCGUCCACGACACGCUGUCCGAGGCCUGCGUGCGCAUCUCCGAGGACGAGAGGCUCAAGAUGAAGGCCCUGUUUGCCCAGAACCAGCUGGACACGCAGCGGCCGCUGGCAACAGAGAGUGUGAAGCGGGCCGUGGUCAGCACCGCACGCGACAGCUGGGAGGUCUACUUCUCCCGCCUCUUCCCAGCCACGGGCAGCGUGGGCACUGGCGUGCAGAUCCUAGCUGUGUCCCACGUGGGCAUCAAACUCCUGCGGAUGGUCAAGGGCAGCCGGGAGGCUGGUGGGCAGCUGCAGGUUCUGCGCACGUACAGCUUUGCGGAUAUCCUGUUUGUGACCAUCCCCUCCCAGAACAUGCUGGAGUUCAACUUGGCCAGCGAGAAGGUCAUCCUCUUCUCAGCCCGAGCCCACCAGGUCAAGACCCUGGUGGAUGACUUCAUCCUGGAGCUGAAGAAGGACUCAGACUACGUGGUCGCAGUGAGGAACUUCCUGCCCGAGGACCCGGCCCUGCUGGCCUUCCACAAGGGCGACAUCAUUCAUCUGCAGCCCCUGGAGCCACCUCGAAUGGGCUACAGUGCCGGAUGCGUGGUCCGCAAGAAGGUCGUGUACUUGGAGGAGCUGCGGCGCAGAGGCCCUGACUUUGGCUGGAGGUUUGGGACCAUCCACGGGCGUGUGGGCCGCUUCCCUUCUGAGCUGGUGCAGCCUGCGGCCGCCCCUGACUUCCUGCAGUUGCCAGCUGAGCCUGGCCGGGGCCGUGCUGCUGCGGUGGCCGCUGCGGUGGCCUCCACGGCUGCCGCACGGGAGGUGGGCCGCAGGAGAGAGGGUCCCCCAGUCAGGGCUGGCUCCCCUGACCGUGCGGAGGACGGCCUGACUCUCCCACCGUACACGAUGCUUGAGUUUGCCCAGAAGUAUUUCCGAGACCCUCGGAGGAGACCCCAGGAUGGCCUCAGGCUGAAAUCCAAGGAGGGUCGGGAGUCUAGAACCUUGGAAGACAUGCUUUGCUUCACCAAGACCCCGCUCCAGGAAUCUCUCAUCGAGCUCAGCGACAGCAGCCUCAACAAGAUGGCCACCGACAUGUUCCUAGCUGUGAUGAGGUUCAUGGGCGAUGCCCCGCUGAAGGGCCAGAGCGAACUGGACGUGCUUUACACCCUCCUGAAGCUGUGUGGGGACCAUGAAGUCAUGCGGGACGAGUGUUACUGCCAGGUUGUGAAGCAGAUCACAGACAACACCAGCACCAAGCAGGACAGCUGCCAGCGAGGCUGGAGGCUGCUGUAUAUCGUGGCUGCCUACCACAGCUGCUCCGAGGUCCUCCAGCCACACCUUGUUCGCUUCCUCCAAGAUGUGAGCCGGACUCCGGGCCUGCCCUUCCAGGGGAUUGCCAAGGCCUGUGAGCAGAACGUGCAGAAAACCUUGCGCUUCGGUGGCCGCGUGGAGCUCCCCAGCAGCAUGGAGCUUCGGGCCAUGCUGGCGGGCCGCAGUUCCAAGAGGCAGCUCUUUCUUCUCCCCGGAGGCCUUGAACGCCACCUCAAAAUUAAAACAUGCACCGUGGCCCUGGACGUGGUGGAAGAAAUCUGUGCUGAGAUGGCUCUGACUCGCCCCGAGGCCUUCAGCGAGUACGUCAUCUUCGUUGUCACCAACCGAGGCCAGCACGUGUGCCCGCUCAGCCGCUGUGCCUACAUCCUGGACGUGGCCUCGGAGAUGGAGCAGGUGGACGGUGGCUACAUGCUCUGGUUCCGGCGUGUGCUCUGGGAUCAGCCACUCAAGUUCGAGAAUGAGCUAUAUGUGACCAUGCACUACAACCAGGUCCUGCCCGACUAUCUGAAGGGCCUCUUCAGCAGCGUGCCGGCCAGCCGGCCCAGCGACCAACAGUUGCAGCAAGUGUCCAAGCUGGCUUUGCUGCAGCACCGGGCCAAGGACCACUCGUACCUGCCCAGCGUGCGAGAGGUCCAGGACUACAUCCCGGCCCAGCUCUACCGCACCAUGGCUGGCUCGGCCUGGCUCAACCUGGUCGGUCAGCACCGGCAGCAGACGCAGGCGCUCAGCCCCCACCAGGCCCGUGCCCAGUUUCUGGGCCUCCUCAGCGCCUUACCCAUGUUCGGCUCCUCCUUCUUCUUCGUCCAGAGCUGCAGCAACGUGGCCGUGCCGGCCCCCUGCAUCCUUGCCGUCAACCAGAACGGCCUCAACUUCCUCAGCACCGAGACCCAUGAGCUGAUGGUGAAAUUCCCCCUAAAGGAGAUCCAGUCCACGCGGACCCAGCGACCCACGGCCAGCUCCAGCUACCCGUAUGUGGAGAUCGCCCUGGGGGAUGUGACAGCCCAGCGCACCAUGCAGCUACAGCUGGAGCAGGGCCUGGAGCUGUGUCGAGUGGUGGCUGUGCACGUGGAGAACCUGCUCAGUGCCCGGGAGAAGCGGCUUACGCUGCCCCCCAGCGAGAUUACGCUACUCUGACCCGGCCCCCAGCCCUCCAGCUGCCCUCUGCCAGAAGGCUUGCUGUGUGGCCCCAGGGGAGUUACCGGGCCUCUCUGGGCCAGUGACCCCUGUAAGGGGCCAGACCCUUGGUGGAGGAGAGACCAAGAGGUGGUAGCAGGAAUGACCCAAGUCCCCGGGCACCUGAAAUGACAGAUGCAGAGUUGGGAUGGAAUUGCAGUGUGCAAACUUGGGUCAGAUAACAGGAGGAACUUCCAAAGGCGGGGCUGUGGGGCCCUCUGUCACAUACCCACUGUGGGCCCCGCCCCUGACUCCCACCUGUGCUAGAGGAGCCCCACACCAAUGGCCCAGUCAAAUUGGACUUCGUGUGUGGCUUACCCACGUUCUGAUGCUCAAAUCUGCACCACGUCCACGUCUCAGCCCCUCGUGCGUUCUCCUUGAAUGCUCCCCACGCAGCCGCUCAGCUGGGAUUUGUGACCCUUGGUCAUUUCUAUGCAAAAACGUGUGCCUGGCGGCCAUUCCUCUCUCCAGCCAGUUGGCUGAGGAGCUGGAAAAGAAGCCUAAGGAAGGAGGCAGGAAUUGGAGGCCCAGCUGUGCCCCUGGCUCACUGCCCCUGAACAGAGCUUCCUGCAGAGACCUCUGUCCUUUCCUCUCCCUUCAGAGCCCUGUCCCCCAACUCCAUACUCCUUAGGUAGCCCCAGCCCAGUCCCCCGUCAUUGGAUGGGUCACACAAGUUUUGAGAGUGGUGUAGUGGAGGGAGAGAGAAGUUUUAUGUCAGGGUUGGGGAGGAAGAAGUCUGGGAAAGGCUUCCCAAAGAAUGGGACAUUGGGGUUGGGUUUUGAAGGAUGGGUAGGAGUUUAAGAAUAGAUGGAGGGGAGGGGAAUGAACAUUCCAAACGGCAAAAACAGUGUUUGUUCUCUACUGUAUCCCCCAGAGCCUAGGACAAUGCCUAUCACAGAGUAGGCACUUGAAAAAUGCUUGUUACAUGAAUGAAAGAAUAAAUAAAUGUUGAUGGAAAGUGUUGGUGCUUUGGGGAACUUGUGAAGGAGGGAAGCACUAGUCUCGGGAGAAGAAGGCCUGGUAAGUAUGUGAGGGCAUAAGUAGCUGGAGCCACGGUGCCCGAGGAAGGAUUUAUUUAUUCCAUCAAUACCUAUUUUUUUAAUUUAAAAAAAUGUUUUUAACAUUUAUUCAUUUUUGCGAGACAGAAUGUGAGUAGGGGGGAGGGGCAGAGAGAGAGAGGGAGACACAGAAUCUGAGGCAGGCUC